UUUCUAGACAUGAUCAGCUGCCUUACCGGCAUUUCAGCGUUUCACCGCCGCCAGGACUCUACGCGUCCUAUUUAUUUAUUUAUUGUCGUAGACUUUUAUAUUAUUUUGAAAAAUGUUGUGCCUGUGCUUGUACGUGCCUGUACCCAACUCUGAUCAGAUCGAAGUGGAGUACUUUGAGUCGAAUGGAUUACCAUCGGAGCUGAAGUCGAUCUUUAAGCUCAGUGUCCUUCUACCGUCCAAGGAAUUUUCUACUUAUCAAAAAUGGAGAAAGAAAACAUUGAAGACUGAAGAGAAAGCUCUUGAUGGGCAGCUAGACUUUGAAGAGUUUGUUCACUACCUCCAAGACCACGAGAAAGAUCUGAAGCUCGUCUUCAAAAGCCUGGAUAAGAAAAAUGCAGGUCAAGUGAAUGCGAGUGACAUCGUGAAUUCAUUGCGAGAUCUUGGUGUCCAUAUCUCCCAGCAGCAGGUGGAGAAAGUCCUUAAAAGCAUGGACAAGAAUGGGACAAUGACCAUUGACUGGAAUGAAUGGAAAAAUCCGUCACUAAAGCCUGCUGAGAACAUUCCAGAAAUCAUCCUGUACUGGAAACACUCCACCAUCUUUGAUGUGGGUGAGAACCUCAUGGUUCCAGAUGAGUUCACCUCUGAGGAACACAUAACUGGUAUGUGGUGGAGACACCUGGUUGCUGGUGGAGGUGCUGGAGCCGUUUCUCGAACUUGCACCGCUCCGCUCGACCGACUCAAAGUCCUUCUGCAGGUGCAUGGUUCCCAUACCAACAACAUGUGUAUUGUGAGUGGGCUCACACAGAUGAUCAAGGAAGGUGGGAUUCGGUCAUUAUGGAGGGGAAACGGCAUCAACGUGAUAAAAAUCGCCCCUGAAUCGGCCCUCAAGUUCAUGGCUUACGAACAGAUCAAACGUCUAAUGGGCAGCAGUGGGGAAACUCUUGGGAUCACUGAACGUUUUGUAGCAGGUUCCCUGGCAGGAGUCAUUGCGCAGAGCGCCAUCUAUCCCAUGGAGGUUCUCAAAACUCGCCUGGCGUUAAGAAAGACGGGCCAGUACAAAGGCAUCUCGGACUGUGCCAAGCAGAUCAUGCGUGGCGAGGGGGUCGCAGCGUUUUACAAAGGCUACGUUCCCAAUAUGUUGGGUAUUAUUCCCUAUGCCGGCAUCGACUUGGCAGUCUAUGAGACGCUAAAGAACACGUGGCUUCAGCGUUACGGUACAGACAGUGCAGAUCCAGGUGUGUUUGUGCUUCUGGCCUGUGGUACUGUCUCCAGUACGUGCGGCCAACUCGCCAGCUACCCCCUAGCUCUCGUACGAACACGAAUGCAGGCACAAGCCAGCGUUCAAGGUGCUUCCCAGGUCUCCAUGACGGGGCUCUUCAAACAGAUCAUGAAGACAGAGGGGCCGACGGGUCUGUACCGGGGUCUGACUCCAAACUUCUUGAAGGUCAUCCCAGCUGUGAGCAUCAGCUAUGUCGUCUACGAGCACAUCAAGUCAGCGUUAGGAGUGCAGUCAAGAUGAGGAGCUUAUGAAGAACUUGAAUCUCAGGGUUUUGAACCUUGAGGUGUGGAAGUCAUCUCAUUCUGUGAAUGUGAGAGGAGAGGAGGAGAGCUGUCAAUUAACAUGCACAAAUUAAUGUAUUUUACCAGGCGAACAGGAAGAAUACCUUUAAACUGUAACCUUAUUUAUUAAGUGGUUCACAUCAUUUAAAGACACUUUGUUGAAAGCUGAAAUCAGGGACCAAGCGUGUGUGUGUAUGUAUGCCCAGAUGUUGUAUGGAUCUCUACAAAGUGAUAUUAUUAUUAUUAUGGUUUGGGCAGUGUGAAAGUGUCCAACACUACAAGGUUUUACUGUGAAAUGCUGUACUUGCACUGCCCAUACUAAUGCUGCUUUAUAUGGUUGAAAGUGAAAUAUUUAAAUAUGAAAACCAGUUGUUUGUAUAGUAUUUAUAUUGUGGGAUCCGGUGGAGAGUUUUAUGGUUGUGUUUCUUGGCACCUUUAAUGAGCACAUCUUAAAGUCAGUGUUCCCCCUACGAAUAAUUCAUCAGUUUGAUGUCUAAUUUAAAGGUUUAUUUUUAUAAAUCUGCACACUAAAGUUCUUACCUUUGUGUUAAUAUAAGAGAACGGUUGAUCUGAAGAAUUAAUGCACUUUGUUUUGAAUGGAAGCUUUAAUGUAAUGACUGUAAACAAGUUGUCAACGGGUGUGAAUGUUUUGUAAUUGGGGACCAAAUGUUCCACUAAUAAAUACUCACUUGCAGUAUUGCUUGGGUGAUGAAGGACUUUUAUGUACACUAAUGAAAAAAAUACAUGGAUAUCAAUAUUUGUGUUUUGAGAUGAUGUGAUUUGGCAAUGAAAGGUGCUUUGUGUCGUAUCGGAGAGUGAAUGAAUUGAGUAUGUCAAACUUUUGUCUUGUUUUAGUGUGCUGUUUUUAAAAUAAUUAUAUUUUUCUUAAUGUAAUUUAUAUUUUCAAUAAAAAGUAAUAU